AUGCCCGCCGCUGCCAUCGUCGCCGCCUUGUUGUUACCGUGGGAACUGAGCUCCUCGUGCCUCGGGGUGAUGUCCAAGAGCUGCGUCUGCUACGUCUACAUCGACUCCGGGGAGCAGCUCGUGCAGGGGAUCCCCACCGCACCGGGAUCGAGCCAUUCCCCUUCACUGCCCCGCUAUCGCCAUCGUCGGAACUCACCCGUCCCUGCUGCUCCCGGCACCAGCGAGCCUCCGUGUGCUCCCCCGCCGCCCCGCUCGCCGUCCGCGCUAUUUGCCGCCCACGCCCGUCCCUUCCCGUGCCGCUACCUGCUGCUCUGGCACCGCUGCCGCUCAUGCCGCCGCUGCCUGCAGAAGCUGCUGCUAGCGCCGCUGCUCCCAGCCACUCCCCUGCAUACCCCACGCUCGCCUCCACCCAUCGCCGCUCCCUAUGACAUGGCCGAGUGCCCCCUCACGCGCACCCCUGGCUUGUCCGGUGCACCCGCGCCCCGUCGCGCGUGCCCCGCCCCAUGGCCGCGCUCCGCGUCCCUUGCUUCUCGCUGCGCCUCGCGCCGCUAA